UAUAUAUAUAUAUAUGUUCACACUCAACUGACCAUCAAAUUAAUAUAGAUUACUUGGUAACUUGUAUAGGUAGCUUGUUAUAAAAACAUAAUAGUAACCACAAAUUAAAAACUGGUAAUAGAUAUACAUAAAAUAAAGAGAAAGAAAUCCAAGUAUAUCAUGCUAUUUCAAGAAAUAAUAGAGGAAGGAAAGCUUCACUUAAGAAAGCCAACAGACCAUGAGAGAAGAAAGCAAGAGAAGAACUACAAAUCCGACCAUAAAAUAAUAAGUACAUAACUGUUAAUAGUUACUUUGAAUGUAAAUGGACUACAUGCACCAAUCAAAAGACAUAGGGUGGUGGAAUGGAUUAAAAAGCAAGAUUCAUCUAUAUGCUGCCUACAAGAGACUCAUUUCAGACCUAAAAACACAUGCAGAUUGAAAGUGAAGGGAUGGAAAAGCAUAUAUCAUGCAAAUGGAAGUGAAAAGAAAGCCAGGUAUAGUAAUACUUAAAUUGGACAAAAUAGAUUUCAUAACAAAGACUGUAAUGAGAUAAAGGAUACUACAUAAUCAUAAAGGCAAUAAUCCAACAAGAAGAUACGACAAUUGUAAAUAUUUAUGCACCCCAGAUGGAAGCACCCAAAUACAUAGAGCAGUUAUUAACAAACAUAAAGGAAAUAAUUGAUAGUAAUACAAUGAUAGUAGGGGAUUUUAACACCCUACUUACCUCAAUGGAUAGAACAUCCAAACAAAAUCAACAAAGAAACAGUGGGUUUGAGUGACACAUUGGACCAGAUGGAUCUAAUACAUUGGGAACGCUGCACCCUAAAUCAGUAGAAUGCACAUUCUUUUCAGGUGCACAUGGAACAUUCUCCAGAAUAGAUCACAUGUUAGGCCACAAAACAAGUCUCAACAAAUUCAGAAAGAUUAAAGUCAUAGCAUGAAUCUUUUCCAACCACGAUGGAAACUAGAAAUCGACCACAAAAAAAUCUGGAAAGAACACAGAUACAUGGAGGUUAAUAACAUACUACUGAACAGUGAAUGGGUCAACCAAGAAAUCAAAGAGGAAAUAAAAAAAUAAAUGGAGACAAAUGAAAAUGAAAACAGUGGCUCAGAAUCUUUGGGGUACAGCAAAAGGUGUUCUAAGAAGGAAGUUGGUAGAGAUACAGGAAAGAAAAAGCAAGAAAAAUCUCAAACAACCUAACCUUACACCUAAAGGAGCUAGAAAAAGAACAAGGUUGCCUGGGUGGCUCAGUCAGUUAAGCAUCCAAGUCUUGAUCUAGGCUCAGGUCAUGAUCUCAUGGUUUGUGAGAUCAAGCCCACGUUUGGCUCUGUGCUGAGAGUGUGGAGCCUACUUGGAAUUCUCUCUCUCUGCCCCUUUGUCCCCUCUCAGAAUCAAUAAAUACAUUUCAAAAAUAGAAAAAGAACAAAACCCCAAAAGAAAGAAAGGAAAUGAUAAAGAUUAGAGCAGAAAUGAAUGAAAUAGGAACUUAAAAAAAUGAUAGAUUAAUUAAACCAGGAGCUGGGUCUUUGAAAAGAUCAACAAAACUGAUAAACCAUUAGCCAGACUCCCCAAAAAGGAGAGAGAAAGAGAAAGGACUCAAAAAAAUGAAAGAGGUCAAAUAACAACCAACACCACAGAAAUACAAAAGAUUAUAGGAAAAUGUUAUAUAAAAUUAUAUGUCAACAGAUUGAGACAAUCUGGAAGAAAUGGAUACAUUCCUAGAAACAUAAACUACCAAAACUGAAGCAGAAAGAAUUAGAAAAUUUGAACAGACCAAUUACCAGGAAUGAAAUUGAAUCAAAAAUCAAAAAGCUCCCAACAAACAAAAGUCCAGGACCAGAUGGCUUCACAAGUGAAUUCUACCAGAUAUUUAAAGAAGAGUUAAUACUUCUUCUAAAACUAUUCUAAAAUAGAAGAAGGAAAACUAAGUUCAUUUUAUAAGGUCAGCAUUACCCUGAUACAAAACCAGAUAAAGAAAAUACAAAAAGAACUAUAGGACAAUAUUAUUGAUGAAUAUAGGUGCAGAAAUUCUCAGCAAAAUACUAGCAAACCACAUUCAACAAUACAUUAAAGAAAUUAUUCAACAUGAUCAAGUGGAAUUUAUUCCUAGGAUGCAAGGAUGGUUCAAUAGAUUUGCAAAUCAAUCUACAUGAUGCAUCACGUCAACGAAAAAGGUUAAAAACUGGGAUAAUUUCAAUAGAUGCAGAAAAAGCAUUUAACAAAGUACAACAUCCAUUCAUGAUUAAAAACAAAACCAAAAAAGUAGGUAUAUCUGAAUAUAAUAAAGGUCAUAUAUGAAAAAUGCACAGCCAACAUACUCAGUGCUGAAAAAUUAAUAAGAGUUUUUCCCCUAGGGUCAAAAACAAGACAGUGCUGUCUACUCUCACUACUUUUACUCAACAUAGUACUGAAAGUCAUAGCCGCAAGCAGUCAAAGAAAAAAUAAAAGGCGAGCAAAUUGAUACGGAAGAAGUAAGGCUUAUUUGCAGAUGAUAUGAUACUGUAUGUAGAAAACCCUAAAGAUGCCACAAGAAAAACUAGUAGAAGUGAUAAAUGAAUUCAGUAAGGUUGCAGAGUACAAAAUCAAUAAGCAGACAUCUGUUGUAUUUCUGUACACUAAUAAAGUAGCAGAAAGAGAAGAAAACUGUCCCAUUUACAAUUGCAUCAAAAAUAAUACCUAGGGAUAAACUUAACCAAGGAGAUGAUAGACUCUGAAAACUAUAUAAAAUGUUGAUGAAAGAAAUUGAAGAUGGCACAAAUAGAUACUCUAUGCUCAUGGGUUAGGAGAACAAAUAUUGUUAAAAUGUCCACAAUACCCAAAGGGAUCUACACAUUUAACAUAAUCCCUGUGAAAAUACCAACAGCAUUUUUCACAGAACUAGAACUGGUCAUCCUAAAAUUUGGUUGGAACUAUAAAAGACCCUGAAUAGCCAAAGCAAUCUUGAAAAAGAACAGAACUGGAAGUAUGUGAAUCCCAGAUUUCAAGCUGUGCUACAAAGCUGUAGUAAUCAAAGCAGUAUGGUACUGGCACAAAUAUAGUCACAUAGAUCAAUGAAACAAUAGAGAGCUCAAAAAUAAACUCAUUUGACAAAGGAGACAAGACUAUGCAAUGGGAAAAAGACAAGUCUCUUCAACAAAUAGUGUUGGAACAAGUGGACAGCUACACGUAAAAGAAUGAAUCUGGGCCACUUUGUUACAUCAUACAUACAAAAUAAACUGUAAAAAUCCUUGAGGAGAGUUGAGGCAGUAAUUUCUCUGACAUCAGCCAUUAGCAACAUUUUUUUAGAUAGGUCCUCUGAGGCAAGGGAAACAAAAGCAAAAAUAAACUAUUGGAACUACACUAAAAUUAAAAGAUUCUACACAGCAAGGGAAACAAAACAACUUUCUGAAUGGGAGAAGAUGUUUACAAAUGACAUAUCUGAUAAGGAACUAGUAUUCAAAAUAUAUUAAAAACUUCUACAGCUCAACAUGAAAAAACUCAAAUCCAAUUUUAAAGCAGGCAGAAGUCAGGAACAGACAUUUCUCCAAAGAAGGCAUACAGAUGGCUAAUAGACACUUGAAAAGAUGCUCAACAUCACUCAUCAUCAGGGAAACGCAAAUCAAAACUACAAUGAGGUAUCACCUCAUACCUGUGAGAAUGGCUAAAAUGAACACAAGACACAACAGGUGUUGGCAAGGAUAUAGAAAAAAAUGAACCUCUGUGCACUAUUGGUAGGAAUGUGAACCAGUACGGCCAGUGUGGAAAGCACUGUGGAGUUCCUCAAGAAAUUAAAAAUAGAAUUAUCAUAUAAUCUAGUAACUUCACUACUGUGUACUUACCUAAAGAAAAGGAAAACACUAUUUCAAAAAGGUAUAUGUACCACUGUGUUUAUUGUAGCAUUAUUUAUAAUAGUCAAACUAUGGACAAACAUGUCCAUUAAUAAGUGAAUAAAGAAGAUAUGAUACACACACAAACAAUAGAAUACUACCUGUAAAAAAGAAUGGUCCUUGCCAUUUGCAACAACAUGGAUAGAUCUAGAGUGUAUAAUGGUUAAGUGAAGUCAGUCAGGAUAGGCAGAUAUACCAUAUUUCACUCAUAUAUGGAAAUUAAGAAACAAAACAACAAAGGAAAAAAGAGACCAACAAAAAUCAGACUCUUAAAUAUAGAGAACAAACCUAUGGAUACCAAAGGGGAGGUCGGGGAGGGAGGAUGGGUUAAAUAGGUGAAGGAGAUUAAGAAUACAAUUACCGUGAUAAGCACUGAGUAACGUAUAAAAUUGUUGAACACUAUAUAGUGCGUCUGAAACUUAAUACUGUAUGUUAAUUUUACUGGAAUUUAAGAACAUAACUGGAGUAAAUCAAGAAAUGGGAAAACAUGGAAUUUUGGGAAUAUGAGAAUCCAGCAUAAGAGAAUAAUCAAGAAAAUCCUGAGGGUAAUUAUGCAGUGAGAUCACCAGAUAGUAACUCAGCAGUGUAUACAUGGUGAAAAAGUUUAGCUUGGAGACAGUCACAAGGCUCUAGGGGAGAUGUCUCAAAUAUAAAACCUUUCGUCACCAGUGAAAUUAAUACAAUAGCUGUUGUGUUUAAUGUAGUAAGAGUUUUAGACAAUUGGCAAACAAUUUGGGGUUGAAAUGUUAACUAUGUAGAAAGAAGGCAAACAUAAAGUAAGACAAUGAUUAACUGCAAAAUAAGUCUAAAAGUUAGUUAUUUCCAUGUUUGCAAAGUUUUCUGUGGCCUAGAUAUGAAUAUCAUUUACAUAAUGGUGUACAUGUCUGAAUAUUGAUCAUGAUAAAAUUGUGAUUUAACCAUAUUAGAGAUGAGGGGGCGGCAGUGUAUAUAUGUAUAUAAUUUAUACAUGUUUAUAGUAUACAUACAUAUAUCCGACUUCUUGAAGAUGAAGGAGUAAGUCAGAGAUAAUAUGUAAAACUGAAAAAACAUGGAGUAGCAUUAUAAGCCUGUUAUUUGGUGAUAUGGGGGUAAGUUCCAAAAAAAAUACCUAAGAGGAAGUGGAAGAGAUGGCUUCAUUUCAUAAUAUGGCACCUCUAACCUCCUGAGGACUGAGCUUGGUGCUGAAACAGAAACUGCUUCCUUAGUCUGGUUGAUUUUAUUUACCAGCUGGCAGUGUACAAGAGAGAUGGGAGCUGACUUUUUUAAAAAUCACAACCUGUUAGGCCUGUGCUGUGACGUACUCUUGGCGAGAAACUUGAGUUGUUUACUUUUUUUUCAGUUGAGAUACAGCUGAUAUAUAACAUUAGUUCCAGUUAUAUACCAUAAUGUUUCAACAUUUAUAUUACUCUUAAUUAAAACAUUUUUCUUGUUAAUAAAAAAUCCAUGCACACACAGUCCCACCCAUGUGGGUGUUUGUGUAUAAUCCAGAAGACUUCUGGUUUUGGAUGUUAAAGAUGUCUGCAGCUUCUCUACACAACCAACUGAAAACUAUAAAGAACAUAAGAAACAGAAUCCUCCCAACUUCUUAAAAAAUAAGAAACCCUUAUAAUACAAAUAAAAAUAGAAGGGCUUAAAAAAAAAAAAGUGAAGGGCUGCCAAACACAUUAGCAAUAGAACCCAGAUGAGGGAGAACAUUAAGAAUGGAUUCCAAGAUUUCUUGGUAUAAACAUAAGUUGACCAGCAAAGCACAUGUUUUCCAAAGUAGUUGGUGUAAUCUGAAAGACAAAACCAGGGACGCUUUUGGAAUAAGGUAAGAGUUGGGUAUUAAGUUGGCUGUGGGUACCUGUCUGAUUAAUAUCCUGGGGAUACAAAGGAAGUAGGGCCAUGCAAAUGCACUAAAGAUGUUAUUCCUGCAAGAUGAAGAGGAUGCUAAUUAGCAAGCUAACAACUGGUAAUUUUUGUUCAAUAAAGGAGAUAGAUAAUUUCCUUUGCAUGCUUACAUAGGCACAUCAUAUGGGGCUUAACUGCAGGUCAGUGAGGCUUCCUGUUAGUCUAGAGUACUAUUCUUAACAUCUCAGCCAAAUAAUUGCCUCAAGAAGCAUUCAUUCAGUGAUGUGAUAUGAAAAAAGCAAUUGCAUGAUAUUUAUAUACAAAUAUUCCAGAAAUUUAAUGAACAAAGAAACACAAAAGGCAGAUGAAAAACACAGACCAGAGACAUUGUUCUGCACAACUUCAAAGAGUUUAUUAGAAAAUUAUAAAACAAGACUGCAAAGCAGGAAUACUAGAAAUAAAGUAAAAAAUAAUAACAUAGUACAAGUGAGCAGGCAGAGUCCAGCUAAGAAGGAGAAAAGUCCUGAAAGUGAAAACAGUAAAAAUUGGACUGCCUGGGUGGCUCAGUCAGUUAAGUAUCCAACUCUGGAUUUCAGCUCAGGUCAUGAUCUCAUGGUUCAUGAGGUCAAGCCUUACAUCAGGCUCUGCAGUAAGGGCACAGAACCUACUUGGGAUUCUGUCUCUCUCCCUCUCUGUCUCUGUGCCCCUCCCCUGCUGGUUCAUGCUGUCUCUUUCAAAUAAAUAAACUUAAAAAAAAAAAGUAAAAAGUAUGCUACCCAUUGCUGAAAAGCUGGAAAGGACAUGGAGAUCAGGACUGAGGAAAUAACUGAGCAAAAGGAAAGUGAAUAAAAAUAGCCAAAGAAGAUUCAAUAUAUUCAUAAUUGGUGUCCCUUAAGAGAGUAACCAAAUUAUGGAACAGGAAAGAAAAUCUUAAACAUUUCUAGAAAGAAGCAAAUACAAUUAAAUUUACAGGCUUAAUUAGAAGCCCGUAUAAUGACAUAAUGUCCUAUGCAACAUUGGUAAGUAUUAAUUACUUCAGAUAUAAAGCAACAGUUAUGUGUGCAGCCUGACUUCAGAGUCCUUCACAUCAGCAUUCAACACAGAAAGUAGGACAGAAUCUAAAAGUUCUUGGUUAAAGAAAUGUGAUCUAAGAAUGUCAUAUCUCUUAAGUGCCACUCAAAUAUUAUUAAAACUUGCAAGGACUCUGGAAAUAUUUUUUCUUUGACUUUCCUGGGGGAAAAAGAUUGGAAUAAAGAAUGAAAUUCAACUUACUAAGGCAUAAAUGGAAAAGCUGUGGCAUAAAGGAUGAGCAGUAAGUAGUAAAUCCAUUUCAUUGUAGGAAAUUGGUUUUACUAAAUAUAACUGAAGUGCCAUGAACCUUGACAGUAUAAAAGUAAUCACUUAAAAGUCAAGAGGUAAAGGAGGAAAGAAGACUUUUUCUUUUCUUUUUAUAUUGUUUUUGUCCAAAGACACUAGUUAACAGUCAACAAAUUGACCACAGAAAUAUAGUUAGAUUUAAAUAUAUAAAGGUAACUGUGAUGGAGAUAAUUCUAAUUUGGUGGGUAAAGGGAGGUGAAAAUCAUUGAUUUUCAUGGGUGAGGAGUUUAAUAGAUAUCUGUCUGAAGAUAUAGAAUGUUAGAGAUAUUCAGAAACUUAGUUAUUAAAUUUAAGAAAACUUCUCAAUUAUCAGAAAGAAAAUAUGCCAAAGUAAAUGGUAGUGAAAGAAAAAAUUAAAAGCAGUGCAAAGGACAGCAUAUAUUUCCUGUGACAUGGGAACAAAACCAAGAAUGGUUUCUUGCUGUUUUUUCCUUCUGCUCUUAAAAAAAUUCAGUCCUGAAGUCUUGAAGUUGGCCUGAGCAAGCAGGGACUUGGUACUGGAGCAGGAUGUUGGAGGCUGACCCAGGAUUAGGAUGGUGUCGGCAAAGGGAACCGUGUGUUGCAACCAUGUGGUUAGGAAGGAUGCGAUCAUAGCAGGACAUUCCUCAGGGCCAUCAAAGCCUGUGUGGGGUGAGGAUAUGUCUGUGUCAGAAUGGUAGUGGAGUGAAAGCAGGCAUAAAGAGGUGGUCCUAGAACAAGAUUUUGGAGGUAAAGUGGCUUGAGAGAAGACAACAUGAAUGGGCUGCCUGGUUAGAUUCACUGUUUCUCGAAUGAGGUGAGAAAGGGUAUCUGCACAUAGGGCAACUGACCUUGAGAUGUCAGAGCCUAGGCAACAUCAGGAGGGUGACUACAUGGGAACAAUUUGGUUCAGUGUGUCAAAAGCCUAAAUAGGGUAAGGAGAGUGGGGGCAAAGGGGAGGGGUGGGAAGCAGCCUAGUGCAGGAUUUUAUAGCCUAAAAGGAAUGUGGGAGCCCAGACAGGGUGAGGAGGGCAUGUGAGUGUAGCCUGGCCUGGAGUGUUAGAAGCUGAGGCAGAUUCACAGAGGCAGCUAGGUGCCUGGUUGUUGGAGACCAUGCAAGGGAAGAAGGGCAUCUGUGUACGGAGCUGGCCUGGUGUGGGGUCUCAGAGCCUAUGCAUGUUGAAGAUGUUUCUGUGGAAAGGUGUCCAAGUACAGGCUGUCAGAUCAGAAGCAGAGUGAAAAGAGCAUCUAUACAGGAGGAUAGCCCAGCAUUGAAUAUCAGAGCCUAAGCAGAAAGAAGAGGGUGUCAGAAUGGAAAGAUGGCUCUGUGAAGGGAGUUGUAGCUGAAGCAGGCUUAAGAAGGGUAUCUGUACAUAGAAGUGGCCUGGCAUGGAGUUUCAGAGCUUAAAUGGGGUAAGGAAUCAUCUCUGUGGAAGAAUGACCUGGCUUGAGGUACAAGAGCCCAAAUGGUGUGGGUAUUGUGAUGGCUUGGCAUGUCAGAACCUAAGUAAUAUGGGAGCACAUCUGUGUAGGGGAGGUGAGUGUCAUUGAUAGGAGAUUGUAAUGGGCUAAGUGAUAGCCCUAUGCAUCAGAGUCCUAAUUCUCACGACCUUAUUUGUGAUUAAGUAAAGAUGUUUUGAUUAUCUUGCACUUGUCCUUAGAUUAUCUCGUUGGGCCCUAAAUACUGCCUAGGUGUCUUUCUUAAAAGAGAGGCAGAGGGAGAUUGGACACACACACAAAAGGAGAAGACGAUUGGGGCGCCUGGGUGGUUCAGUCGGUUAGGCGUCUGACUUCGGCUCAGGUCAUGAUCUCGCGGUCCAAGAGUUCAAGCUGUGCGUCAGGCUCUGUGCUGACAACUCGGAGCCUGGAGCCAGCUUUGGAUUCUUUGUGUCCUUCUCUCUCUGCACAUCCCCCACUUGCACUUUGUCUCUCUCUCUCUCUCUCUCUCUCUCUCUCUCUCACACACACACACACACACACACACAAAUAAAUAAACAUGAAAAAAAUUAAAAAAAAAAAGUGAUGUAAAGACAGAGGUAGAGAUUGGUGUGAGCAGCUAUAGACCAAGGAAUUCUAAUAGCCACAGAAGCUGGAAAAAGCAAGGAACAGACUUGCCCUUAGAGCCUUUGGAUGGAGUGCUGCCCUGCUGACACCUUGAUUUCAGCCCAUGAAACUGAUACUAAACUUCUGGCUUUCAGAACUGAGAGAAUAAAUGUUUUCACCCACUUUGUGGUAAUUUGUUACAACAGCCUUGGAAACUAAUACAAAGAUAAACUAUAGUGAAAUUGAUCAGAUAUAAAAAUGUAUUGAGAAUCAUGGUAUGCCCCAUUUCUCAGUUGGGGAGUUGAGUUAUGCUAAUUUCUAGAAAGGGAGGAAAGUAGAUUGAACUCUGUAGUGUUGCAUUGAAAUUAAAGGUAUGGGAAUAAAUUCAUGGUUUUGUUUGUUUAUUUUAGAGAGUGCAAGUGGGGGAGAGGGGCAGAGCUGAGAGAGAGAGUCUUAACUAGGCUCCACGCUGAUCCCACGACCCUGGGAUCAUGACCUGAGCUGAAAUCAAGAAUUGGACGCUCAACUGACUGAGCCACUCAGACACCCCAAUUCCUGGUUUUUAAUAUAUAGAUUGAUAUAGAAAUGUAGAUGUAAGUGUGUAUGUGUAUGAAUACAUAUAUGUGUAUAUGUAAACACAGAUGUAUGUAUGUCCUUAUGUACAUACAUUUUCUGGCUCUGUGAUCUAGAGAACCUGGGAGCAGUGACACCCUAAAAGUGAAAAUGCCUAACAUCCAGUUCUUGCUUCCCAAGACCAUUGUCCACUAAAAUGAACUAGGGGUGGGAGCUGAUCAAGAUGGUGACAUAGGAUGCUCCCUUCCUCCCAUGGACACACUACUAAAUGCACAACUGCACAUGGAACACUUCUUUCUGAAUGAAAUCCAAAAAAUAGCUGAGUAAGUCCUACACGUCAGAUGAGAAAAUACCUACAUUAAAACAGGUAGGAAAGCCUUAGACACCCUCAACUACUGGUAGCUGCUAACAACAGAGGAAGAGGCUUGGAUAGUCCAAAGUUUGAGAGACAGCUAGGAGCUUGGGCUUGGCUGAUCUGCAGAGUUUAUCUACAUGAUACUACUCUGUCAAGACUAGGAAAGGUAGCAUUUUGUCUAAUAUUCAGAAACCAGUCAAAAGAAACAAAGGAAUAUGUUCUAAACAAAAGAACAAGAGAAAUAUUCAGAAACAAACUAAUGAAGCAGAGAUAGAUGAUUUACCUGAGAGUUCAAAAUAAGUCAUGAAGAUUCUCUCCAAGGUCAGGAAGCAAUGUAUGACUAAAGUGAGAAUUUCUAUAGGACAUAGAAAAUAUAUAAAGGACCAAACAGAAAUCACAGAGGUGAAGAAUUUAAUAACUGAACUGAAAAAUUAAGUAGAGGGUUUCAAAGCAGACUAGAUCAAGUGGAAGAAGAGAUCAGCAAACUUGAUGGGGCAGUGGAAUUCCUACAGAGGAAUUCCUACAGAGGAGCAAAAAAAAAAAAAAAAAACAAAAAAAAACUGGGGAUUUAUGGGACACCACCAUCAAAACAAACCAACAUAUGCAUUAUAGUAGUCCCAGAAAGAGGAGAGAGAAAGGAGCAGAAAGCUUACAGAAAAAGCUGAAAACUUUCUUAAACUGGGGAAAGAAAGAGACAUCCAGAUCUAGGUGGGCUAGGAAGUACCAAGAAAGAUAAAUCCAGAGACCCACACCAAGACAUAUUAUGAUUAAAUUGUCAAAAGUUAAAGACAAGUAUAGGCACGUGGCGGGCAGGCCUGGAGGGGGCGGGUCCGCAUCUGCGUGGGCCUCAGAGACUCCCGCCCAGCCUGAGGAGAGGUCACAGCGGGAGCCUGCUGCCGCCUAGGCCUCCGCUGCCGCUAUUGCCGCGAGGUCUGAGUGCCGGGGCUGCAGCCAUGGCCUACUGCCAGCAGGAAGGGAAGGAUCGAAUCAUAUUUGUGACCAGAGAAGACCAUGAAACCCCAAGCAAUGCAGAGCUGGUGGCUGAUGACCCCAGUGAUCCAUAUGAGGAGCACGGAUUGAUCCUGCUAGAUGGAGACGUUAACUGGAACUGCCCAUGCCUUGGGGGAAUGGCCAGUGGCCCCUGUGGGGAACAGUUCAAGUCGGCCUUUUCCUGCCUCCACUAUAGCACAGAGGAUGUCAAGAGGUCAGACUGUGUAGACCAGUUCCGGGUCAUGCAGGAAUGCAUGCAGAAAUACCCCGACCUCUAUCCCCAGGAGGACGAGGAGUAGGAGGAGAAGAAGCCAGCAGAACAUUUAGAAGAGACUGCUUCCACUGAGGCCACUGUAAUCAAAGAGGAAGGGUCAAGCUAAUGAAGGCCAUAAGGCACUGAGCUCCAUUCCUUCUCCUUCAGAGUGAUAUGAACCUUUUGUAAGAUGCCUUUUGGUCAUUCUCCCAGAACGUGUUUUUCCCUCUGUUGUUCUGUGCACUGUAAUGUUCAAAAUAACUUAUUUUGAUGAUCAGGGGUCUUGGUCCUUUGACAUAUACACUGGAAAAAAUAUAGGUGUGUCUCCCAUAAACCUACCGGCAAAUGUAGCUGUCACUUUUGAAUUUUCAGAUUAUCCUGAAUUUUGCCUCUUUGAAAUAAUGUCCUGAUUAUGCUCAGCAACUAGAAAUUGUUAUCUGGGAGUAUCUUGUGAGUGAGCUGAUUUAUUCUGAUUGAUUAUAUUCCCUUGUAGAUUUUAUAUCCCUGUGGGAAAUGAAAUAGAAACAAAACCAUCUUCCUUUAAAAAUGCUGGAGUGGGGCCAUUCCCAGUAAAAGGCCAGAUGAUCAGAUACGUAUUUCUCAUGAACCAUCUUGACCUUGAGUAUGUGAGGAGGUACUGUAGUUCAUUUCUGAUGCAUUUUGGUUUCCAUUUUCACUUUGAGCUCCAGGUUUUCCAUGUUUGGAAAUUGGAACUGUGGACCCUCUGAUUCACAGUCCCUUUCUAAGUGAAGAGAAAGGCUGGUUUUGCUGUUGUUGUUCUUCUGCAAGCCCUGGUUUGGGGCCUGUGUUCACACUGGCUCUGUGUCAGCCUGUUCAAUGCAGUGUUCUUGAGAGGUGGGGACCUAAUUGUUACCAAAGUAGCAGCCAAGAGAAGAAACGGUGUGAAUUAAGUAGUCACUUAAAAGGAAAAUAAGACUUUGACCUGGUGUUGAAUGUGUGAACUAAAAAUGUUUUUGAUAUAAGGAAAUAUAAAUAUGAAAAGUUCAUUGAAAUUCCUCCUUGAAGAUACUGGUAAGCCAGUUUGAGUCCAUUAAAAUUUUCAGUGUUGAAUUAAAAAAAAAAAAGUUAAAAGACAAGUAUAGACUAUUGAAAGCAGCCAAAGAAAAGCAACUUGUUAUGUAAAAGGGAACCCCUCUCAGCCCCCCGCCCCAUAAGACUCAGCAGAUUUUUCAGCAGAAACCUUGCAGGCCAAAAGGGAGAAGGAUCAUAUAUUCAAAGUGAUGAACAAAAAAACUGCCAACCGAUUAUACUUUACCCAGCAAAGUUACCAUUUAGUAUUGAAGAAGAGAUAGAGUUUUCCAGAUAAGCAGAAGCUGGGAGAGUUCAUCAUCACCAGACCCACCUCACAAGAAAUGUUUAAAGGAAUCUUUCAAGAUGAAAAGAAAGAAUGCCAGUUAGUAGCAGGAAAAGAGUAUAAUACUCGAAGCCAGCAUUACCUUGAUUCCAAAAGCAGACAAAGACCCCACUAAAAAGGAGAACUAUAGACCAAAUCUCCCUGAUGAACAUGGGUGCAAAAAUCCUCAGCAAGAUACUAGCCAACCGGAUCCAGCAAUACAUUAAAAAAAUUAUUCACCAUGACCAAGUGGGAUUUAUACCUGGGAUGCAGGGCUGGUUUAAUAUCUGCAAAACAAUCAGUGUGAUUUAUCACAUCAAUAAAAGAAAGGACAAGAACCACAUGAUCCUCUCAAUAGAUGCAGAGAAAGCAUUCAACAAAACACAGCAUCCUUUCUUGAUAAAAACCCUUUAGAAAGUAGGGAUAGAAGGAUCAUACGUCGAGAUCAUAAAACCCAUGUACGAAAGACCCAACGUUAAUAUCAUCCUCAAUGAGGAAGAACUGAGAGCUUUCUCCCUAAGGUCAGGAAGAAGACAGGGAUGUCCACUCUCACCACUGUUACUUAACGUAGAAUUGGAAGUCUUAGCCUCAGCAAUCAGACAACACAAAGAAAUAAAAGGCAUCCAAAUUGGCCAGGAGGAGGUCAGACUUUCACUCUUCACAGAUGACGUGAUACUCUAUAUGGAAAACCCAAAAGAUUCCACCAAAAAACUGCUACAGCUGAUCCAUGAAUUCAGCAAAGUGGCAGGAUAUAAAAUCAGUGCACAGAAAUCGGUUGCAUUUCUAUACCACAACAGUGAAGCAACAGAAAGAGAAAUCAAGGAAUCAAUCCCAUUUACAAUUGCGCCAAAAGCAAUAAAUACCUAAGAGUAAAUCUAACCAAAGAGUUGAAAAAUCUAUACACUGAAAACUAGAGAAAGCUUAUGAAAGAAAUUGAGGAAGACACCAAAAACAGGUAUGCUGUUCAAAGGGGUACUGCACCCCGAUGUUUAUAGCAGCGCUAUCAACAAUAGCCAAAGUAUGGAAAGAGCCCAAAUGUCCAUCAAUGUGUGUGUAUAUAUAUGUGUAUACACACACA